CGUGCCCUUUUAGCCAUGAGCCAUGACCAAGCAACCCAGCUUCCCAGGAGGACUGGAUUUGGUGGCCCAGCUGAACCUCUUUGGGCCGCGCGAUUUUCUCCUACAACUGGAGGAGGAGCUCGAAGUCUUCGUUCGCAGUCGGAGGAAGGAACUGGUUUUGCCGCCCUUGGCGCGAAGGUACCAGGAGUUGCUGAAUAGCUCGCUGCGACGCUUCAACUUGUCCGUGGAAGCGCUGCCCUCCCUCGAAGGCUGGAGCCAUACACGAUGGAAGGUUGUGAACAGUGAGGAGCCGCCCCGACUUCCGAAGCUGAGCCUGGCGGAAUUUCUGCGUUUGCAACGUCGCCUGGUGGCCCCACCAGGUGCCUUUUCCAGUGGUGAGGCGAAGGCAGCUCUAUCGGAGGAGGAGAUUCUUCAGAGGCUGCGCUUGCGUCUCUGGGCGGCCUUGCUGUGCUGCACGGCCGCGGAGCGGGCGGUGCAGGCAGACACCUUGAUGGCCCCGGCAGUGGAACCGGUGGAACCAGCUGAGCCGGACAGCGACCGGAAAGUUGCACCAGUUCUGGCGAAGGAGGAGGCCGUGAAGGAAGAAGCGCCCGCCGAGUCCGCCGAGCCCAGCACCGAGCAUCCGGCGCCGUCGCUGGUCAAGGUGGAAAGGACCACCAGUGAUGUGGGCCAAGAAAUCAAGUUGGAAAGAACCACCAGCGACGUCGACCGAGAGGCCUUGAAGGGUGAGCUUUUUGAGAACCACUCGCAUGGCCUUCAGGAGCUUGUGCUCAAUCAACCCAAGGAGGAGAAAUCCGAAGUUCCAGCGAAGGCGGAACAGGAGGCCUUCGCCGGUAUCAAGGCUGAAACUGGAGCUCCGGAGCCGCUGGAGCCGCCGGAGCCGUUGGAGCCAUGGGUGAAGGUACGCCAGGAACCCGACGAACCUGAGCACCAGGAGACCCCAGGGCUGGUGCGUUGCGGCUCAGCCACACUGCUGAAAGAGGAACCUGAUGCACUGGAGGCAGUUGCGCUCAGAAGGGCUGGAAGAGGUCCUGAAGUCGGACUUCUUUCCUCUGUGCGUGCGUGGUUUCCUUUUGUUUGUCAAUAUUUGUUGUGUUCCCUGCUACAUUGGGUGAAAAGCCAGGACAUCAUGAGUCCUGAAGAGCAGGUGGGCGUGGGAGGGGACUUGCGGGAGGCGUUGCGUGCGGCCUUCGAACGGCUGAAAGUUGCAGCAGGGAGGUGGACGGAACCGGACGCCAAAGAGGAGGAUGACAUCGCCCCAACAACGGUGCAUUGCUUUCGAAGGUUCUCUCCAAGCCAUGCCCCCGGUCGGCUCUACCUUCGCGACAGUGCGACGGCGCCCUGGCCAUCCGUGAAACUUCAGCGUGAUAGCGAGCACGUGAUCUGGCGGCCCGAAUGGAUGCUGCCGCAUUUCCAGGGGCCCGGCACUUGGGAGGAGGGUGCCUCCAUGGGUGGCAUCUUCAGCUGGGCCCUGGAGCCCAACAGCGUCUCCUUCGGGGAGGGCUUUGAGGUGAACUUGCGCGACGAGCCUGGGCCCUGUGAGACCGGUACAAAGCUGGAGGAGGUGUAG